UAUCGCUUGUGAAUAGUCCAUCUCUAAAGGCGCACGUGUUGGCGUGUUUAUGUUGCAGCACUUCACAAAUUGCGGUCAAGAUGUUCGUAAACGAAGUUAACGAUGUGAAGAUCUACAACCUGAGCGCCGGCAAAUCGGUGCCAGAUUGGCUCACCGAUCGGCGCAAGAGGUCGCAGCUGAUGAAAAAGGUGGACUCCCGGCGACAGAUCGAGCUCAUCCAAGACUUUGACAUGCCCGGCGUGUGCACCAGCAUCCGCAUGAGUCCCGACCAGCAGUACAUCCUGGCUACAGGCACAUACAAACCGCGCGUCAAGUGCUUCGAGGUGUCCAACUUGUCCAUUAAAUUCGAACGCUGCUUCGACUCCGAGGUGACCACCUUCGAGGUGAUUAGCGAGGACUACAGCAAGAUGGUGUUCCUGCAGUGCGACCGCUUCGUGGAGAUCCACGCGGCCCACGGACGCCACUACAGGUUGAGGAUUCCGCGAUUCGGGCGGGACAUGAAGUACCACAAGCCCAGCUGCGACAUGUUCAUCGUGGGUGUGGGCAGGGACAUUUACCGGCUGAACUUAGAGCGCGGACAGUUCCUGCAGCCCUUUGAAACGGAUGCCAGCUGCCUGAAUGCCUGCGAUGUGAAUCCCGAGCACCACCUCCUGCUGGCGGGCACCAAAGAAGGCAUCGUAGAGGCCUGGGACCCGCGCACCAAGCAGCGCUGUUCCACCCUGGACGUGGCCAUGAAGUUGCCAUGCGUCAAGGAGUUUCCCUCGGUGACGGCACUCAAAUUCCGGAAUGGCUUGCACAUGGGAGUGGGAACUGCUUCGGGGCAUGUGCUGAUCUACGAUAUACGCGCCAAGCAGCCGCUGCUAGUGAAGAACCAUCUUAAUCAACUGCCCAUCAAGCGUUUGGCUUUCAAUCCUGCCCAGAAUGCCGUCUACAGCUUGGAUGAGGCUACGCUGAAGUUGUGGGACGAGCAGACGGGCAAGCAGAUCGCCUACGUUGAAUCAACCACGUCUUUCAACGAUUUCUGCACCAUUCCCGACACGGGUAUGUUCUUCGUGGCCCAGGAGGAUCUGAAAAUGCUGACCUAUUACGUGCCUGCCAUGGGCCCAGCUCCGCGGUGGUGCUCCUUCCUGGACAACCUCACCGAGGAGAUCGAAUCAGAGGUUGUGGAGAAUGUCUACGAUGACUACCAGUUUGUCACAGCCAAGGAGUUGGCGGAACUGGGCAUGGAGCAUCUCGUUGGCAGCAAUUUGCUUAAGGGUUACAUGCAUGGGUACUUUAUGGACGCAAGACUAUACAACAAAGCCAAGGCUGUGGUGGAACCCUUCGCCUUCGAUCGCUUCCGCAAGGACAAGAUCCGCCAAGAAAUCGAAAGCGAGCGCAAGUCGCGCCUGCAAAUUGAAUCCAAGCUGCCUAAGGUCAACAAAGAGUUGGCCCUCAAGAUUAUGGACGAACAGGCUAAUCCCUCGAACAGUAGCAAGCAGCGCAACGUACCCAACCUUCUUGAGGAUUCGCGUUUCAAGGCCAUGUUCGAGAACGCUGACUUUGCAGUUAACAAAUCUGCCGAGGAGUAUCGUCUGCUGGCUCCUGUGCUGAAUCGUCUGGAUAAAUCGAAGGCAAAGGAACUUAAGAAGCGCGUGGAAGUGGCUCAUGUGGCGGAGUUGCAUGCCGACGAGGCCAAGCAGCGCGAGGAAAGCGACAACGACGAAGAUCUGUUUGGCUUUGAGAAGAGCGAUGGCGAGUCGAAGGAUGAAAGCGGUGACGAAGCCUCUUCAGACGAUGACGACCGAAGGGAGUAUGUUAAGGAAAUGAAGCAGGCAUACAAGCAGGUAAAACGACAACGCGAGGAUGAAGAGGAAUUAGAGAAUGAAAAUGACGAGCAGCAGCAGGAUGAAACUCCCGUAUCUGCGACAAGACCCCAGACCAAUGGACACACCUCAAAACCCACCGUCAAUGGCAACCGCUUCACCAUGUCCGCCCUGGAUCAGCAUCAGAGCAGCAGUCUGGUGCAGCAGCGGAUCAAGAAGGCCAGCUUGCAGGAUCGUGUACAAGUCAUGUCCCAGCUGGAGGGCCAGGUGACCAAUGUGGGUCGCUCUUUCGGCAAUCGGCAAAUGACAUUCGAGGUUAACAAGCAGAAGAAAACACAGUACCAUGCCAAGAAGCGUGAGGCCGAGAUGAAAAAGCAUCGCGAGGAGCGAAGGAGCAUAGUCAGACCCAUCAAGUCGCUGAGACUGAAGAAGGUUAACUUUAAGUAAAAACAUGUUGCAAUUAGUUCUGUACAUAAAUUCAUAUGUUAAAUUAAUAUAAUUUAAUCAUGAGA